AUGAGGAGGCCGAUGCUCUCCUUGGAGCAACGAUUCGAAAUAGCUCAGCACCUAGAAAGCGGAGUGUCCACCAGAAGACUGGCCGCGGAAUUCGACAUUCAUCCGACGACCGUUCGACGUAUCCGUCGAACAGCGGAUCUGGUCACCCAGUUUCUUGAGGAAGGAUCCGGGCGUACCAAGCGACGGAAUCUCCGUAAACCGGUGCACCAGGAGCUGGACAGCCGGCUGUACGCAUGGAUUCUAGAACGGAAAUCGCGUCGCGAGUCGGUGACAGACACGAUAAUGACAGAGAAAGCGGUCGAACUGAACAAAGAGCUCGGCGGUUCUGUCGAUUUCAAGGCGAGCAGAGGUUGGCUCUGGGGUUUCAAGAACCGUCAUCGUAUACGUUCGCAUUCGUGGAAUCAGAAAAUAGACCUCAACACGGUUGCCGCGCGAGAAUUCGCGGAGAGGUUCACGCGUCAGAUAGAAGAGGAGGGUGUCGAGUACGAGAAUAUUUACAAUAUGAACGAGACUGGUCUCGUGUGGAAGGCGCUUCCUCUGAAGACAAAAGUGCAAUGGGACGACCGACUGGUUAAAGUCGGGAAACCGAACAAGGACAGAGUGACGGUAGGUUUUUGUACGAACGCGACUGGCAGUCACAAGCAUGCGCCGUUGUUUAUACACCGAUACGUGACACCGAGAGUCUUGAAAAAUGGGAAGCACAAGCUGCCCGUGAUCUAUAAGGCCCACGAGCACGCCGCUAUGGAUCGUAAUGUGUUCACCGAUUGGUAUGAGAAUCACUUCAAACCGGACGUGAUGAGGUACCAGUUACAACACGGGACAUGCGGUAAAGUUAUGUUAGUUCUGGACAAUUCCAGGGGCUACACCGCCGAGAUACUCGAACAGUUCAAGAACGACGAGAGAUUCGAGAUGGUGUUGUUGCCUCCCAAUACCGGUCAUCUGAUUCAGCCCAUAGACACACUCAUCUCGAAGACGAGAGAGUCGUAUCACUACAAGAUGUCGAAUCGCGUGACGAAUUUUAGUGAGCAGUCCGAGGACUUCUGUGCCAAUUACGAUCUCAGGGACUGUAUUAAUUUGAUAGCCGAGGCCUGGUCUGAGAUUAGUGUUUCUGAUAUAACAGACGCGUGGAGAAUUCUCGUCAAAGGUGUUCCUGACCCGACGAAGAUGGAAAAGUUGGAUGAUUUUUUUCAGUUUAACCAACACGUGACCGUGGACUCAACCAACAGCGGGGAACAGGAUUCGAGGAGCGAGGCCGUAGAGUUCCUCUCGGGCAGGCCGACCACUGAAAGCAAUUCAAGAAAUAGUAAAGUAAUGUCUUUCUCGAAUGCGGAAAUUAACGAGGAGAAAAUUAGCAGGGCUUUCGAAACGUUGAUGCUUUGGUCGAAGAAAGAAUCGGAAAUGAUCGAGUUCAAUAUAGAAUGUUUGAAGAAUUAUUAUUACGAACAGACGUGA